AUGAGCUACACAACCAUGAUCCUUGGUGUGGUUCUGAUGGAGAUUGCAGAAUCCCACAGGAAGGUCCACAAUGAGCUGGAGGAGAAUUUCAAGAGAUUCCACAGAGAGGUUAUUGUGGAGCUGGAGAAGAAGACCGAGAUGGAUGUUAAAUACAUGAACGCCACCUUCAAGCGCUACCAGUCAGAGCACAAGCUGAAGCAGGACUCCCUUGAGCGCUCUCAGACAGACCUGAAGAAGCUCCGGAGGAAAAGUCAUGGAAAGCACUCGUCCAAGUACGAGAUCAAAGAGAACGAGUUUAUGGAGACCAUCUCGUCACGUCAGAUGGACAUGCAGAAGUUCAUCGCCGACGGCUGCAGAGAGGCCUUGCUGGAAGAGAAGAGACGCUUCUGUUUCCUGGCGGACAAACACUGCAUGUUCUCCUAUCAGAUGAGCAACUUCCAUGAGAAAGCCAAAGAGAUGCUGGCUGUGAAGAUCCCCAGCUGGCAGGAAAAGUGCAGCGACAUCACCAAGGUGCCGGACACGGUGGCGACCAUGAUAGACGAGCUGUCCUCCACCCCAGAGCAGUCCCCGCAGGUGGAGCGCUACAGCAGGAAUAACGGGGAGCCUGUGGUGCCUCCUCCAGCACCGCCGCUGAAGCAUCCCAUCAGUCCGCUCGUCACUAUGUUUAACCCAGAGCCCAGAUCUCCGCUUACAUCCUCUUCAGACCACAACUCAGACCAGGGCAGUCUCGGAGACGGCAGUCUGUCCCGGUCGACGUCUCAGUCCUCUGGUCUCAACAUGGGCAGGAGAACCAGGGUCAGGACCAUUUUUCCUCACACGGCAGGCAACAACGAUACACUGCUCAGCUUCGACGACGGCGACAUCAUCACUCUGCUCAUCCAGGAGGAGAAGGACGGCUGGCUGUACGGGGAGCUGGAGAAGACACGGCAGCGGGGCUGGUUUCCCUCAUCCUACUGCAGACCUCAUAGCGAGUCAGUGAUAUCAAAUAGCAGCAGUCUGGGCACGCCGGUGCGUAGUCUGAGCGUGGUCAGUCUGCCGGAGCGGGAGGAGGAGGAGCCGGUGCUGCUGCCUCCACCGGACUACAGCGACGACAUCCCCUCCAGGCCGGUGAUUCCCUCAACGCCUUCACCGCAGAACACGGUUUCUUUAGUCAAUGGGACUGCAAAGGCUCCUUUUCUAGGAGGAGGGAAUCCAUUUGCGACGGUGAAGCUGAGGCCAACUGUCACGAAUGACAGAUCGGCGCCAGUCAUCUAACACAAAAAAACAAGACAGAUUUUUUUCACCGCUGUUAUGCCUUCAGGGGAAUCGUACGACACGGGAACCCUGCGACACACUCGACAUCCCCCCAACCUGACAUCUCACUAGCCUGCAUGCUAGCCACCCUGAGUCUGCACUAUUAAAGAGAUCCACUGUUUCAUGGCACAAGUGUGUGGUACUGCCAGUGUGUGUUUUACAUCAAAAGGGAGAAAGGAUUUGUGCACAAGGAAAAUGUUUGCAUCUGGUUUGAGUUUGUGUUAAUAGAUCACUCCAAAAUGAAAGUUAAGGCUUUGUUUAAUCCCCGACACUUUAGGAUGUAACCAAAUAUAUUGCUUCUCGAUUUAAGCCGCCGUGUAGUGUACAAAUUGUUGUGAAGCAGUGGCAUGCGGAAGUAUUUAGUUUACAUGGUGUACCUAGAAAAUAAUACGGUUGAGCAAAGAAAGCUGUCGACAGUCAGGCUGUUGUCAUAAAGAUAAAGUGUCCUCUGAAAGCAGCACAGCCAGUAAAAACUACUAUGUAAGCGUACAAAAAAAUACUGAAUGUAGUAAUGUUGAAUGACCGUAGCCUCAAAGAUGCAGUUUGAUUUCCUAAAAAUCUUGAGAAUUAUGGUUUAAAACUUUACUGAAGUAUAUAAAACCUGCAACUGUUUUAAAAAAGCAACCAAAAGUUAAAGAGCCAUAUUUUUCAUGCAAACUGAAAAUGAAAGCACAAGCAAAAAGCAGUUUGGACUCUGCAGUUUCACUUUCCCACCAUACUCCAAGAGUUUUGUAUGCUAGCAAAGAGAAAAAAAAUGACUGCAAAGCACAGUUUUCGACUUUUUACGUUUGCGUCGACUAUAUUUGAAGAUCUAAGCUACCUUCAGUGGUCUAACACGAGGCAGAAUCAAAGCAUUUGGGGCCCACAAGUAAAAACAGGGACCUGCUAAUAAAGAGAUAAAGCCUGCGUCUUCAUUUUGGGGUGAACUGUCCCUUUAAGAGAUGCUCACACGGUGUCAUGAGGUCUUCUGAAGUUGGUUUGUAUUUUGACACACGGUGAAGAUCUGCAGAUGUAAAUGAUCGUGAUAGUGGUGAAGCAGACCAGCACCCAGGUUGUCUUCCUGACUUGCCAAAAAAAUGAAAAAAAAAAAUAUUAUUUCUAUUUUUAUUAUAAUUAUUUUUGUCUUUUGAAGAGGCUUUGUGAUACAUUGUGAGAAUGAAGGGAGAGCGACGAGUUGGGGAAAAGGGUUCGAGUGAAGGCAGAAGCAGUAUGUCGCUGUUUUUAAUGAGAAGGCUAUUUAUAUGCAGUAAGUUUGUAUGAGAUAUAUUUAAAUAAAUGUGUAUGCAGAAGUCUACUUUGUGCAGGAGCCCCCCUUUGAACACGACAGCCGCCGUGCUCGAUCUGAGCCACGGAGAUCCCAGUGUGGUUCAGAUUUCCCUGCUGGUAAUGUAUUUUAAAUGGGUAAAACGACCUUUUGAUGAAGGGACUUUUUUUUUUUUUUUUCCACUCCUUAUGGUUUCACUGUCGUUUCAUGUAGAUUCUGUGAAGAAAAAGAAAAAAAAAACAGUUUAUGCAAAAUGAACAUGUACUUCACUGGUAGACAUUUGAAUUGUAUGUGAAUAAAGUGACUCAUUGUAUAAAGUAUUAACUAUUUUGUGAGGAAAAGGACUUUUUCUUUGCCAUGUUUUUUUGCUUUACCGGAUGCACCUGUAUGAUGACAUUAAUGAAACGGUGUAUUGAUCCACGUAGACCCGCUGAUGUAAGUGAAGCCGUCACACUGACAUAGUUAUUACCACAUGCUUUCUUCAGAGUACCUUGCCACUGUGUUGAAAAAUGUAGUCUUUUUUUUUCUCAAUAAAACAUGAUAAAGUCUGCAAAGAUAAUU